AUGACGAGCGCCGGCAUCAUGUACUCGACCUCGACGACCAUCAACUCAAGUGAUAACCCGAGCGGCAGCUCUUCCGCCGGCUCAACGAGGCCCGUGGGCGCCUACAUCGCCUCGGACGGCUUCUGGGACAGCAUCACAGAUGAGCGCGUGAAUGAGUUCUAUCUGUUGCGCGGCGGGCCGUCUUACAUCAUCGCCGUGGUCAGUAUUUAUUUGUACUUUGUGCUGUCGCUAGGGCCCCGCCUGAUGGCUAAGCGCGCCGAGCCGUUCAAGCUCAACAAGCUGCUCCUCCUCUACAACAUGGGCAUGACCCUGGCCAACUUGUGGCUCUUCAUUCAGGGCCUCCUCGUCAGCAACUACGGACUCGACACGUGGGGCUGCGGCAAGUUUGGCGGCGACAUCCGGCAAUCGCCGCGGCGCGGCAUCUAUCUGGGCUAUUUAUUCUUCCUCACCAAGCUCAUUGAGCUUCUUGACACUGUGUUCUUUGUGCUGCGCAAAAAGAAGGAGCAAGUCACCUUCCUGCACGUCUUCCACCACUCAAUUGUGCCCAUCUUCUGCUGGAUAGGCAUCAAGCUUGCGCCCGGCGGCCCCAACGGCUUCUUCCCGCUCGUCAACUCCUUCAUUCAUGUCAUCAUGUACUCCUACUACGCCCUGACCACCUUCGGCCCGCGCGUCCAGCCUUAUCUCUGGUGGAAGAAGUAUUUGACUCGCCUCCAGAUGAUUCAGUUCGUGCUCGUCAUGAUCAACGCCACGAAAACGUUCAUGUCGCAAGACUGCAAGUUUCCACUCCUCUUCAGCUAUCUGCAAGCGGCUGUCGCCUGCGCCUUCCUCGUGCUCUUUGCUAUGUUCUACCGCGACGCCUACUACAAGAAGCAAAGCCGGAUAGCUGCCGGCAAGAAGCGCCAACUCGAUGCAAAAGACGCAAACUGUGCAGCCUUGAAAGAAGAAGAAGUCACAUGCAACAAGAUGCAACCCACCGCGAAUGGCCUCCUGGAACAGGCCUCGUGUGGUCAAUCAGUGAGACGAACCAAUGGAAUCGCCAAGGUGGCAACAAAUAUCAAGACAGUGUAA